AAUGAUCCCGAUCUCAUGACGAACCCUUUACAAGAUGCACGCCCCGAGGAGCGGCCUCCAGGCUUAGACUAUCCAGACCCGAGGCUGGUUCGGAACGGCCAUCAGGUCCACCAAGGGAACACUGUGCAUCAGAUCGGUGGCGCGAGGAUCAGAAGGACCAGGGCCUCGUCCCUGAGGAGAAGAAUGCACUUGGCCAACGAGGUCCCUCCACAAGGAUCGGCUGGCGGGAACAAUCUGUCGGACUAUGCUCUAACCGCGGAUUUGCUCGCCGAGAGGACUUUGGAUGGACUGUUCGCCGAGCAUCCUGGGGAACUGAUCAGAACAGGCUCCCCGCACGUGGUCUGCACGGUGCUUCCUGCACACUGGCGGUCGAACAAGACGCUUCCGGUCGCGUUCAAGGUAGUGGCCUUGGGCGAGGUCGGUGACGGGACCCUGGUGACGGUUCGUGCUGGUAACGACGAGAAUUGCUGCGCGGAAUUGCGGAAUUCCACCGCGGUGAUGAAGAACCAGGUCGCGAAAUUCAACGACCUCAGGUUCGUCGGCAGGAGCGGCAGAGGAAAGAGCUUCACCUUGACGAUCAUGCUCCAGACGUCGCCGCCUCAGGUAGCCACCCUGUCCAAGGCGAUCAAGGUCACCGUGGACGGACCCAGGGAGCCCAGAUCCAAGACAAGACACCAGGCCUUUCAUCCCUUUCACUUUGGACCCAGGCCGUUCCCUUUCGGACACCCGCAGGACCCGUUGGGAUUCAAGCUGUCCGGCUUGCAACACCUGGGUCUGGAGCAAGGAGCAGGUCAGGGGUGGGGCGGCUUACCCCGAGGGUCUCUGCCACCGCAUUGUCUUCCACCGCCACCCGGUCACCACUCGCACACACAUCCCCCGACAGCUGGUGCGUCGGCCUUCAAUCCUUUCCAUCACACCAUCGAGCAGAGAUCGCCUAGACUACCUGGACCUAACACUGAGUCGUCCAGGAACGAUUUGGGUCCAAUCAGUGUCUCGGUGAGGGAAGUGACGCCGACGUCGUCACCUGGCAAUCCUGGACCAGGGUUGCUCACGACGGCCGCGGUGGCGGCGCCAACACCCCCGGCAGAGUCGACGACGACAACGACGACGACGACGACGCCCAGCCCGUCUGGACAUCACUCACAUUUCCAAGGUCUUCACCUUCUGGGAGCCACCGGGUCCAUAUUCGGGUCGAUAUUCGCCCCGCUGUUGCCGCAGUCGUCCUGGCUGUACAAUCCGCUCUAUCACACGCAGCAGUACAUCCUGGAGCCGGAGUGGCACGCUCUGGCGCUGAGGAUGGCCCAGCAGCGGCUGCAGAGGCCCGACCAGGCCCGGCUGGAGGAACUGAGGAAGCUCCGUAGCAGCAGCAACAGCCCGGAAACGGUUCUGAAGGAGGAGAAGCAACGGGACGAUGAUCAGGACGUUCUGCGGAGGUCUGGCCUGGACAGCCCCGACGGGAGCAUAGAGGUGGACGACAGGAUCGAGUACGAUCAGAAAAGGGACCGCGUGAGAAGCGACGAGUCUCUGCCGGAGCAAGACUCGCCGAGGAUCUCGCCGGUGAGGAGCGACGCGGAGGACGCGACGUACCAGGACGCCUCCGUCCACCUCAGGCCGAGCAUGGAGAACUCCAACGACCAGGAAGCGACCAGCGACGAGCAGAUCCCCCGUCGCGGCGAUAUCGCGGUGAAGAUCCGCCUGGAAGGCACCGUGGACCUCAGCACGAAGAAGGGACAGGACAAGGAGAACGUGGGUCAGGAUCUGACCACCAGGAAGAAGGACGACGACACCGACGUCGAGAGGGACGGGGCCAGGCCCAAACGAGAGAGAAGCCCGAAACCCAGGCACGUCUGGAGACCGUACUAA